AUGCCUUGGAUGUUCCGCCAUCGUGAUGAACCGAUCUCUCGCAUAGACAAGUUCAGAACUUGGCUUCAAAUUUGGCAGCCGGAGCUCAUCAGUGCUACUGUGGCAUGUGCAGGUGUUGUCGUGCUUCGUGCAGUUUGCCGGCGACGGCGUUGUCGCUCAAUCUCUUUGACUUCGAAGGAACGAAGCGCCACGAUCCGCAUCCAUCCUGCCUCGACCUCCCGAGCGGAAGGGCAGCCGGCCCGAGAUUUGGGCGUCCUUGCAGCAGCCCGUCUAAAGCGAGAGCGUGGACAUGCUGCAGUCCUGGAGCUCUUCUCUGGCUCUGGUAUGCGCUCGGCACGCUACCUCUUGGAAGGUGGAGCCGACUUCGUCUGGGCAAACGAUGCGAAUCAGGAGCUGUUCGAGACACUGUUGGCCAACUUGCAACAGGCCGCCUCUGCAGCAGGGCAGAUGUCGCAGGACUACCCUUGCUCCGACCUGCUGCCUGAGUGGGCCGCUCCGCACAGCUGGCGGCUGCAGGAGGGACUGCCGCUCCACGGCAGAGAGGCCGGCCGGCAUCCAGGAUGGCGGCAUCGUUCGAGUGCAGACAAAGAUUCUAGCACUUCUGCACAGGGCUGGCGGGUGACCCACUGGGAGUCGAAGUCUUUGCUUGGAUACUGCCAAGCAGUGAAUCGGCAGUUUGACUUUGUGGACGUGGAUGCUUCUGGCUGUUGGUCUCACAUUGGUGCAACACUGGAGCUUGUACGACCAGGCGGGUUGCUGUACCUGGCAGCGACUGGUCUGACAUCAAGCAAACCUUCGCUGGCUUUUCAGAGCUUGGGCGUGCGGCUGGCUAGGUGUCCGCCCACAGAAACUCUCCACGACCACAUGGCAAGAGCCUUGAUUUGGCGAAUGGUGUCGGCUGCAGACAGCCUCGGGCUGAUUGCACAACCACUUUUCAGUCUCUAUCGCGGGGCCGGAGACGUCUUCCGGAUUCUGCUCCGCGUGGUCCGGAGAUCCGGCGAGAGCACCUUGAAAGCGUUCUGCUGCGGAGUCUGCUGCGACUGCAACGUCUACGUGGGGCCGUUAGAAGACGAGAGUCUCUUUGGCGCACGCCACGCUCGACCUAGAUGCCGUAAUUGCCACUCCAGCGAUUUUGUCUGCUGGGGUCCAUUGUGGACAGGCAGCUUGAAUUCAGACCCGUUUCUUGCCCAGCUCCAGGCGGAUGCAGCUCUUCGAGGAUGGCUGCAGGAGCCUCUCAGCGAAGGUGGUCGCAUGUCGCCGCUGGCAGAGCUGCUUCCAAGGCUUCGGGCAGAGGCUUCUGCCGAGGCGGCUGCGGAGGCAAGCGGGGCAAUGCUCCGACCUUGGACCCUGCGACUACCUGCAGUGGCACAGCGGGGAGGCUGCGUGCCACCCCAGCUUGGACAGCUGUUGGAGGAGCUGAGUGCGGCGGGGCACACAGCUUGCCGCUCUUCGCUUGGUCCAGCAGCUCGGCUUGCAAUUGCGGCGGGAACUUGGGCAAACAUUGGCGAAGAUCGCGCGAGUUUCCGGAAGCGGUGGCAUCGGCCAGCUGAGGAACACUUCAGAACAUCUGCAGAUGUGUCAGAAGUGGUCACGAUCGCCCAAAAUCUGUGUGCAGUGGCUGCAAUGCAAGCGGCUUUAGAGGGCAAUGAGGACGAGGGUGUGUGGCCAGCGAAUCCAUGGCAAGCGCAGGCAGAUGCUCACCUUCUUCAUCUGCAACGUUCACUCCAGGAAGUGGCAGGUCCAGCCUUGCUCUUGCCCUGUGGCGUGCCUACGUGCGGAAGUGCUGGAUUUAUCCUUGCACCUCCUUUUGAGUCCUCGCAGACCCAGUCUCCAUUCUCGCACGGGGAUCGUUCAGGAUUGCUUCGUCGAGUCCAUGAACUGGAAGGACAAGUCGCGAGCAUGGAGGUGGCGGCUGCAGCUCAAGGGCGGGACCUUGACGAGGCUCGGACUGAGCUCGAAGCGUUGCGGAGGAAGCCCAUCAGCAAAGCCGCAGAUGACACUGCGCUGUGCGCCCUGCAGGAGAAGAAUGACUUCUUGCAGGUUCUGGUUGGCCGCUUCGAGCGCAAGGUCAUGACUCUAGAGGAGGAGAAUGCUGGUCUGACAGUCGCUUUGGGGAAGCAGCAGACCUCUUCCGCUUCGAUUGCAUUGCAGACAGAGGAUGGAAUCGUCGACGAGCUCGAAGGCCAAGUGGAGCUGCUGGAGCAGCAGCUGCGCAGCAAGGACUUCGAAUUGCAAGAGGUCAAGGACAGCCUCGAAUCGAUGCAGGCACAGCGGUCUCGCGAUGAUGUGGCAGUGCGGGGGCGGAAUCCACGGGAGCUCGCUGAUGAAGUCGACUUCCUGCAAUCUCGCACGGGCUUUCUAUCGGACUUGGUUAACCGUUUCGAGGACAAGACUAUGGCGCUCGAGAAGGAGCUCAAGGAAAUGAGAGAAGACCGGACCUUCAGUGCUGUGAGGCUAAAGAUUGCGGAGGAUGCUGCACACCAGAGUGCUGAAGCACUGCAACAAAGCAAAGAAGAGGUUGAGAGCCUGAAGCUUCUGCUGCGGGACACGAAGAGAGAGCAUAACAAAAAAGUCCAGGAACUUCUCAAGCAAAUUCAGCUGGCGCGCGGCCGGCGAACAGACACGAAGUUGAAGGAGGAGCAUGAGCGACUUGAGCGACUCCGCGAUGAGCUCCGGGAGCUGAAGGACCUGAACGGUCGUUUAGUCGAGCGCCUGGGCCACGAAAGGGCUGAGCAUGCCGAGGCCCGGCAGCAGCUUUGGAGCUCCGAGCGGGAGCGCGGCAUUCUGGAGCAGCGCACGGCAAACCUCUCCGAGCAGCUCGUCGUGCUGGCGGAAGUCAACGACAGCCUGGAGCGUCUGCACGAGCAGGCAGAUGCCAAGUCGCGAAGUUUCAUCCCAUCUGCUUCCUGA